AUAUGCUGCUCGACUAACGACCAAUGAUGACGAAAUGAAAAGUAGGCUCAGAGGGAAAUGUCAAUUCUAAUAAUUAAAAGGAUUAAAGGAGUGAAUGAAAAGUUAAUUCGAGAGUAAAUAGAUUAAUAUAAAUCUUUAAUCCAUCUUAAGAUUGAUUCAUUUUUUCAGAAGAAAAUUUUCUUUCUCUUUUUCGAAAUGUUAAUUGUUUAGAUAAAUUGAGAGUCAUUAAAGUCAAUUGGAGCUCAAAGUUAAGUUUCAUUAUUGAAAAUUAAUUUCAAUUGUCUUUCGGCAAAAAAGUGAGUUGAUCUCUGGGGCUAAUAAAUCGAUCACUUGGUCGAUUUUUAUCGAAAAUCUAUCGGUUUUAACCCUUUCAGAUUAAAACUUCUAGAAAGAAAUUUCUAUGUUCCGACAAUCGAUUCGUAGAUCAGAAUAUCACUCGAAUAUCAGUUCGAAUGCUCAACUCGAUUCAAAGUAUUCUAAAGUUUUAGAGUGAAAUCUUUGUUUGUUUUUGUUAAAAUUCAUCUCCAAUUACUUUUUGUUAAUCAAAUCAACAAUCGAAACUUAAUCAUCUUCUAGAUUUGAAACUUCAGUUAAUUAAAUUCUACACAGAAAAUAUUCCAUUGAUCCUUUUGUUUCCUAUUUUUCUACAAUAUUUUCGUUCAUAGAGAUUCUUUUGUAAUCGUAAAAGCACAACUUGCGAAUUCUUGGCCAACAUGAACUUUCACCCUAAUGAUAUCCAUCAAGCAACUAAUAGUGCGAACGUUUCUGGCUCCUAUGAAGACGAAAUCCGCCAUCUUUUUCGAAAUUUUCGUCCCAGUCCGUAUGUCGCUCCUACAAAUGGAUUGAAAACUGAAAAUCCCGUGAAAACGGAAAGUCAAGUCAAACCAUCGCAGAAUCGAGAACUGAAUAGCAAUCAAAAGUCAAUGUUCUAUUUGUACUUCAAUCGCGAUGAAUUUGAACAGUCACUAGAUCUCGUUGAUUUGAUCAAUUUGUCUCGAAGAGAUAAUGAACCUGAAUGGACCGAAGAUGAAGUUUUCACGAUUUAUAGUUGGACCUUAAUUGGAACUGGAUUCAACAAGCAGUUGAACAGUUCGGAAAAUUGGAAGGAAAAAAGAGCCAAUCGAGAUAUAAGUGCUUAUUACGAUCGCAAGUGGAACCAAUCGCAAGCAAAUCAAUGACCAACGAAACAUAAAAUGCCCAAAUGAUCAAAUGAUGAGUCCAAAUUUUAACGAACAAUUUCCAUACAAAUGACAACAUGAAUCGUGAACAUGAACAUCAGCGAUUCAUCAAAAAGUUUCCAAAUAAAUUCUCAUUUUUGAAUAUCAGUUUCAUUUCGAACGA